GCGUGGAUUCUGGGUACACGCAGCCCAGCCAUUUUACUGAGUACGGGAUGGAGUUAUGGGAAGGGAAGUGCACCUGCAGGCUUCCCCCUUACACGUAAACUGUCCACUUUUUUAGUUGUCAGUGAAGGGGUAAAGCAAAGUAAGGGGGAUUUCCUGUUAGUGGAUGUGAUAUCAGAACAGCAGUAAAGGAUAUAGUGGAUGAAACAACACUGCAACGGGGAGAGUACGGAAAAUUUGCAGUUAAGGAUAAUCAUUGGGAACCUCUGUAUAUAGUCCAACUAUCUCCUUAUUUGAGUCACUUUUUUAGCGAAAGGUGAACACUUUUUUUCCCUACUUUUGCACCUGAAGCUGUCCAGGGUUAUGAUUGGCAGGUACCAAAGAGCCUGACAUGUCCACCAUGGUUUAUCCAGGAGAAGAGAAGCUUGAAAAACUGACUCAGGAUGAGAUAGUCAUGAACACUAAGGCAGUGAUCCAGGGUCUGGAGACACUGAAAAAUGAACAUAACUCCAUCUUGUCAACACUUGUGGAAACCAGAAAAUGCAUUGAAGAAGACCAGGAUACCAGUGUGGUACAAGAGAAGUCAAGUCUUCUCCGGAAGUCACUGGAUUCUAUUGAACUUGGCUUAGGAGAGGCUCAGGUGUUAAUCGCUUUGUCAAGUCACUUGAGCGCUGUGGAAUCUGAGAAACAGAAACUGCGGGCUCAGGUGCGGCGUCUGGUCCAGGAGAACCAGUGGCUGCGGGAUGAGUUGGCGAACACCCAGCAGAAGUUGCAGCGCAGUGAACAGACAGUGGCCCAGCUGGAAGAGGAGAAGAAACACCUAGAGUUUAUGAACCAGAUCAAGAAGUUUGAUGAAGAUGUCUCUCCUGCUGAUGAAAAAAGUGGGGAGACAGCCAAAGAUAGCUUGGACGAUCUGUUUCCUAAUGAUGAAGAACAAGGACAAGGCCCACAGCAUGGUAGUGGUGAUGCUGCCGCACAGCAUGGUGGUUAUGAAAUCCCUGCCCGCCUCAGGACAUUGCACAAUCUAGUGAUUCAGUAUGCCUCGCAAGGGCGAUACGAGGUAGCAGUGCCACUCUGCAAGCAGGCAUUGGAAGACCUGGAGAAAACAUCAGGGCAUGAUCACCCUGAUGUUGCCACCAUGCUGAAUAUUCUUGCUCUAGUUUAUAGGGACCAGAACAAAUACAAGGAGGCUGCUCACCUACUAAACGAUGCUCUGUCCAUCCGAGAAAAAACUUUAGGCAAGGACCAUCCUGCGGUGGCAGCUACUUUGAAUAACCUUGCUGUACUGUAUGGGAAGAGAGGAAAGUACAAAGAAGCCGAACCACUGUGCAAGCGAGCACUAGAAAUUCGAGAAAAGGUCCUAGGAAAGUACCACCCAGAUGUUGCCAAGCAGCUGAAUAACCUAGCUCUGCUGUGCCAGAAUCAAGGCAAAUAUGAUGAAGUAGAGUAUUAUUACAGCCGAGCCCUGGAAAUAUACGAAUCAAAACUGGGACCUGAUGACCCGAAUGUUGCCAAGACAAAAAACAAUCUGGCUUCAUGCUACUUGAAGCAAGGCAAAUACAAGGAUGCCGAAGCACUUUACAAGGAGAUUCUCACCAGGGCACAUGAGAAGGAGUUUGGAUCUGUUGAUGGUGACAACAAGCCAAUCUGGAUGCAUGCUGAAGAAAGGGAAGAGAGCAAGGGCAAACGUAGAGACAAUGCUCCAUACGGAGAAUAUGGCAGUUGGUACAAAGCCUGCAAAGUUGACAGUCCUACAGUGAAUACUACCUUGAAAAGCCUGGGAGCAUUGUACCGCCGGCAAGGAAAGCUAGAGGCUGCUGAAACACUGGAGGAAUGUGCAACAAAAACAAGAAAGCAGGUAAUCGAUGCGAUAAGCCAAACAAAAGUAGUGGAUCUUUUAAAAGAUGGAAGCAACCAAAGUCGUAAACAGAGUCGAGGUGGCCUUAAUGGAUCUGCAGUUAAAUGUGAGAAUGGUAACGACAAUGAAGAUGGGACAACAGCUGAAUGGUCAGGGGAUGGUAGCGGAGCUUUAAGAAGGAGUGGUUCCAUUGGCAAGCUUCGAGAUACCCUGCGUCGCAGUAGUGAGAUGUUGGUAAAGAAGCUUCAACGAUGUGGACCACAGAACUCCAAGAAUGCUGGGAUGAAGCGUGCCAGUUCACUUAACUUCCUAAAUAAAAGUAUGGAAGAAUCCAGCCAGGCAUCUAGCAACAGCCUUUCAGAAUCCAGAGGUCUGAGUGCCAGCAAUGUGGAUUUAUCUAGGCAAAGCUUCCUUAUUGGUUAAUGGCCUUCUGACAGUCACCUAAUUCUCAGAACUGAAAAGCCAAAAUUUUGGAAAACAGAAUGUAUGCAUUUUUAAGAAGACCAUUUUUAUUUUACAUGGCUGCUCAUUCCAUGCUUGGAGAUCUCAGUAAAUAUAAAAAUAAACUCUAAACCAAGAAAGCAUGCUGCUUUUCAAAGUUCCAUGAUUUUGAAGAAUCAUUGUAGUCCUUUAUGAAGGUACAGCUACACUCUGUACUGUGACCAUUUGUCAGGACUUCUGUAAACUGCAAUAGAGUUGAGCUGUACUCCAAGGUUGUUUUGCAGCUCACAUGGCUUCUCUUUUUUUUCUUAUGUUUGGUUCCGAAGUUCAAAGGUCAUUUUGGUAAUCCUAAGAUCAUUCCUCUUGGGCAUGCUCAAGUAACUUUUCUUUUUAGUCAUUCAUAUGUAUUACAAAUGCAUAACCAUUCUAUUUACUUUUGUUGGGGGUGGCAUUGCCUCAUGUUUUCAUUAAAAAAAAAAGAUGGACAUGUUGGGGCUGUUGAAAUAAGACUGUUGUUUAAGCCUGUAGUUUGUCCUCAGAACAAAAUGAAUGGAUAUGAUUAAGCUUGCUUUGCUUAAAAAUAUAUGAAUGAAGUUUCUGGAAAAAUGCAAAAAUAUUAAUUUGAUUUGGCACUGUUAUAACGAAGCAAUUAAAUAACACUUAUGUAUGAUGGGGGGGGGGGGUUGAAGCCUUUAGCAUGCCCGUAGAUGUGGACUUGCUGAAGAUACACAUGCCUGUGGAACAGCUUUCACUAAGUCAAAUAAGAUGUUUUAUGCAGGAUGAGUGAUAAUUAAUCAGACCCAUAUUAUAUAAGGAUAUUUACUGCAACCACCAUAACCCAGUGGAGAAGAACUAGAACCUUGGUACGCUCAGUACUUACAAGAAGUACUGUGAGAGAAGUGGACAUUGUUUAGUCUCGUGUAAUUAAUGGAAGCCUGCUGUAGAUCUCUGAAGACUAUAAAAAGACUGUUGCAAUAUUGGAAAGUGAAUGUUUAAGUAAAAUGAGUAAGUAACACAUUCUUGGGGAAAGAAAUAUUUACAGUUGCUGGCUAGAAAGCCCACUGAAGUCUGUCAAAAAAAAAAAACUUCUGUAAAAUGAUGAAAUGUGAAUACUUAAGAUGAGUAAGUAAUAGCCGAGGAAAGAACUGUUUACAUUUGCUGGCAAGGAAACAUCCUAUGGUUUCAACUUAUGUAUAUAUAGGUAUAAAUUAUUAAUUUUUGUAUAGUAUGGGGAUUUGUUUACACACCAGGUAGAAAUACCUCUUUAAACUUUGAAUGAACUUGACUAUGUUUGAAGAAUGUACUUAUAGGAGGCACAGUGACACCUCUGUAGUUAAAUAAAAGCCAUUAAAAGUACAAAUAUC